UUUUAGAUGUUUAGACGCGGGCGCGUGCUUCCGUUGGGGGAUUCUCCGCCGUUCCCUGUUCCAUUAUGUUCACUUUCGCUGCCUUCUGCUACAUGCUGUCCCUGGUCCUCUGCGUCUCCCUGAUUUUCUUCGCAAUAUGGCACAUCACAGCUUUUGAUGAGCUCCAGGCCGACUUCAAAGUGCCGAUCGAUCAGGGCAACCCUCUCCAUGCGAGGGAGAGGCUGCGGAACAUCGAGAGGAUCUGCAACCUGCUGAGGAAGCUGGUGCUGCCGGAGUACUCCAUCCAUGGACUCUUCUGCAUCAUGUUCCUGUGCGCCCAGGAGUGGCUGACCGUGGGCCUCAACAUCCCCCUGCUCUUCUACAACACAUGGAGCAGGUACUUUCACUCCCCAACGGACACCAAGGAGCUGCUCUACGACCCGGCGUCCGUGAUGAACGGCGACACGCUCAAGUUCUGCCUGAAGGAGGCCUGGUGCAAGCUGUCCUUCUUCGUCCUGUCCUUCUUCUACUAUCUCUACUGUGUGUGGAACCUGGAAAUAUCCCUCUAAUAGCUCUUAUCAAUGGGAACACUUAAAGUAUGAUCUACUCCCUGGUUACCUCAUAACAACUGAUUUAUCAGCAAACUGAGGGGAGCUCAAACGCCUGCGGAC